AUGGUUAGGAUCAAGGUCUCGAGGCCAUCCAUCGAACAACACGUCGAUGGUGAUAUCGACGUGACUUCACACGUUCAUACUGGAAAUCGCCAACCGCGACUCUCUUGGCGCUUCGAUGCUGCUGAUGAUACAUUGAAAGGUUGGCAUCAAGCCCGUUACAGGAUCAAAAUUUCCGGAUGGGGCCAACCUCAUCCUGAGAUAUGUGUUGAGAGCUCCGAUUCUGUCUUGGUACCUUGGCCUGGAAACCCGCUGUCUUUGGACAGCAGCUGCAGAGUCAAAGUUCGUGUUGAAGGUGAGGACGAGGACGGUAAUAUCGUAAAUUCAUUCUGGUCUGACGAAACUACCGUCGAGUUUGUGCCACCGCACGAUUUACUCACUGCGCAAUUUAUUGGCUCGUUUGAACCCCGACCUCAGUCUGAGAUACAGCUGCCACAGCGGCCUCUCCGCUUCCGAAAAUCCUUCAACGUGCCGGAGUAUGAUGGUCUCGUGGAUAAGNGGAAAUUGUACAUUACCGCGUAUGGCGUAUACCAGGUCUUUAUCAACGGUGAACGAGUUGGGAAUGAUGAAAUGGCACCUGGCUGGACUAGCUAUACGCAUCGUCACCUUUACCAAACGUAUGACAUCCGAAAGCUCUUGAGACCGGGAGGCAACGCUAUCGGUGUUGAAGUAGCUGAAGGAUGGUAUACUGGUCGACUUGGCUGGGCUGGACAACGUCAGUUCUAUGGCAAAGACCUUGGAAUAUUUGCUCAGCUUGAAGUAGUCGCGACAGAGAGGCAAGGUGCUGUCACGAUCGCAACAGAUGAUACAUGGGAGUGUGGUCUUGGUCCCCUCAUCUCCAGUCAGAUAUAUGAUGGCGAAUUCUACGACGCCAGAGAAGAACAAAUUGGCUGGAAUAAUGACAGCGAGUUUCAGGGAAUAGGCUGGACGGCCACAAAGGUGCUACCAUUCACCGGAGGCAAGUUACUUCCAUCUGGAGUCCCUCCUGUCAGGGUGACUGAGCGCAUCAGACCUACACGGAUCUUCAACAGCAAAUCUGGCAGGACCUUGAUUGACUUUGGUCAGAACAUCGUUGGCAAACCGUUUGUCAAACAUCUUCAGAAACCAGUGGAUCACGUUACAGUCUUUCGACAUGCUGAGGUGAUUGAAGAUGACGAGCUCGGGGUACGACCUCUUCGAAGUGCUGUGGCUACGGAUACUAUCAUUUCGAGUGGAGGCGUGAUUGAGAACUGGACACCACGAUAUACUUUUCACGGGUUCCGAUAUGUGGAAGUGAAAGGAUGGGCUCCUUCAGAUGAUCAAUGCCCGUUGACACUGGAUAGUAUCGAAGCGCUUAUCAUGCAUACGGAUAUGGAGCGUACUGGCUGGUUCUCUUGCUCGGAUCCACUUGUCAACAAGUUGCAUGAAAACACCGUCUGGAGUAUGCGAGGAAACUUUCUGUCUAUUCCGACAGAUUGUCCCCAACGAGACGAACGCUUAGGCUGGACUGGCGACAUACAGGUGUUUGGACCAUCCGCCUGUUUCCUUUUCAACACAGAUGCUAUGCUUAGUUAUUGGUUGGAGGACGUUGCCAGCGAGCAAGCAGAAAACGACGGCAUACCGCCGUUCGUCGUACCCAAUAUCCUUGCUUCCGAUAAAGGAGACAAUUCGUGGGGCAACUUUCCUCAAGCAGUGUGGGACGAUGUGGUCAUUCUGCUACCAUGGCGUCUCUAUCGUGCAUUCGGUGAUGUUGAGUUACUCAAACGCCAAUAUCCAAGUAUGCAAAUGUGGCUCGAGAAAGGUGUCAGGAGAGGGAAUGACGAUCUUUGGGAUUCCUCCUUCCAUCAACUUGGCGAUUGGCUGGACCCAAGUGCGCCGCCGGACAGGCCAGGAGAAGCGAAAACAGACGGCACUUUCGUCGCAGAUGCAUAUCUUGUGCAUGUUACACAUCUCAUGAGUCUGAUCAGUGAUUGUAUUGGACGCAAGGGAGAAGCUGCCAGAUAUACAAUCGAACACAAGAAGUUGAAGAAGGCCUUCGGCAGGAAGUAUAUCACGAUUGAAGGUCUUCCUGUCGCCGACACUCAGACUGGCCUAUCCUUGGCAAUCGUCUUCGACCUCUUCAAAAGUCCUGACCAAGCAAAGGUAGCAGCGGCUCGAUUGGAGAGAGCAGUCAAGCUGGCGAACUUCAAAGUAGCGACUGGGUUUGUGGGAACACCAAUUGUCACACAUGCAUUGUCUUCAGUUGGUCUGCAGAAUCUAGCUUAUCGCAUGCUGUCCGAGAAAGAAUGUCCUUCCUGGCUCUACCCGAUCACAAAGGGAGCUACUACUAUCUGGGAACGGUGGAACAGCAUGUUGCCAGACGGCAGUAUCAAUCCGGGAGAGAUGACGAGUUUCAAUCACUACGCUCUGGGCUCGAUUGUCAAUUGGUUACACAGCGUUGUCGGUGGCAUUAGUCCACUUGAACCAGGCUGGAAGCACUCACUCGUCCGACCUGUCCCUGGUGGCUCGCUCACACAUGCGGAGGUCAAACAUCAAACGGCUUAUGGAAUGCUGGAAUGCAAGUGGUCUAUUGAUGCUGGGCAGUUCAAACUCUCCCUCACAGUACCACCGAACACAACCGUGAAAGUUGUCAUGCCCGAUAAACAAGCAAGCAAAGUUCUGGGCGAGGAAGAAGAAGGUGUGGAAGUCGGCUCUGGUGUUUACGAAUUCUCGUGUGCCCAUGAAGCUGAGGAAUGGAAGCCUACAGCCAUUCCCAUUCCGUUUUAUACACCAGUCCAGAAAGAGCGUUGGUAA